GUCAGCUCCAGACACGCUUAUCUCCGUCGUGCUCUUCGGUAUUUCGAUGAUGAGUAAGAGCACUACUUUCACUUUCUCAAGAAUACUAGACUGGAGCGCCCGGUAGCACUCCUCCCACUAGGAUCAUCCAUCCCCGGCACGCACUUCCUCAAUCCCGGCGCGAUUCCGCUCCCCCGGCUUCUCCCCCGCCCGCCAACCGUCUGGCGGCGUUGAUCGUUGGAACGAGAGCUGGGUGGGGGACGGCGUGCGGCCAUGGAUAAGAAAGGCACACACCGAAGCCGUUGGCUUGUCAGUGUGCUUUUCUUUUGGUAGGUUUGGCCUUCUUCGCGUGCAAGUUGCAGCGCUCAAGCUUGCAACCUGUCGAGGUUCUUCAUCUUCUCCCUGUGAUACAAUCAAAGACUUCGAGUGGGAAUUUUCAAGCUUCGCCUUUGUCUGCCUGAAGAAUAUGAACUCACGCCGAUCUUAUUGGUUCUGCUCUCUCGGUCGAAGACCACACUACGUACACCACACUACACCACACUACACCACACUACACUACACCACACUACACCACACUACACCACACUACACCACACUACACCACACUACACCACACUACACCACACUACACCACACUACACCACACUACACCACACUACACCACACUACACCACACUACACCACACUACACCACACUACACCACACUACACCACACUACACCACACUACACCACACUACACCACACUACACCACACUACACCACACUACACCACACUACACCACACUACACCACACUACACCACACUACACCACACUACACCACACUACACCACACUACACCACACUACACCACACUACACCACACUACACCACACUACACCACACUACACCACACUACACCACACUACACCACACUACACCACACUACACCACACUACACCACACUACACCACACUACACCACACUACACCACACUACACCACACUACACCACACUACACCACACUACACCACACUACACCACACUACACCACACUACACCACACUACACCACACUACACCACACUACACCACACUACACCACACUACACCACACUACACCACACUACACCACACUACACCACACUACACCACACUACACCACACUACACCACACUACACCACACUACACCACACUACACCACACUACACCACACUACACCACACUACACCACACUACACCACACUACACCACACUACACCACACUACACCACACUACACCACACUACACCACACUACACCACACUACACCACACUACACCACACUACACCACACUACACCACACUACACCACACUACACCACACUACACCACACUACACCACACUACACCACACUACACCACACUACACCACACUACACCACACUACACCACACUACACCACACUACACCACACUACACCACACUACACCACACUACACCACACUACACCACACUACACCACACUACACCACACUACACCACACUACACCACACUACACCACACUACACCACACUACACCACACUACACCACACUACACCACACUACACCACACUACACCACACUACACCACACUACACCACACUACACCACACUACACCACACUACACCACACUACACCACACUACACCACACUACACCACACUACACCACACUACACCACACUACACCACACUACACCACACUACACCACACUACACCACACUACACCACACUACACCACACUACACCACACUACACCACACUACACCACACUACACCACACUACACCACACUACACCACACUACACCACACUACACCACACUACACCACACUACACCACACUACACCACACUACACCACACUACACCACACUACACCACACUACACCACACUACACCACACUACACCACACUACACCACACUACACCACACUACACCACACUACACCACACUACACCACACUACACCACACUACACCACACUACACCACACUACACCACACUACACCACACUACACCACACUACACCACACUACACCACACUACACCACACUACACCACACUACACCACACUACACCACACUACACCACACUACACCACACUACACCACACUACACCACACUACACCACACUACACCACACUACACCACACUACACCACACUACACCACACUACACCACACUACACCACACUACACCACACUACACCACACUACACCACACUACACCACACUACACCACACUACACCACACUACACCACACUACACCACACUACACCACACUACACCACACUACACCACACUACACCACACUACACCACACUACACCACACUACACCACACUACACCACACUACACCACACUACACCACACUACACCACACUACACCACACUACACCACACUACACCACACUACACCACACUACACCACACUACACCACACUACACCACACUACACCACACUACACCACACUACACCACACUACACCACACUACACCACACUACACCACACUACACCACACUACACCACACUACACCACACUACACCACACUACACCACACUACACCACACUACACCACACUACACCACACUACACCACACUACACCACACUACACCACACUACACCACACUACACCACACUACACCACACUACACCACACUACACCACACUACACCACACUACACCACACUACACCACACUACACCACACUACACCACACUACACCACACUACACCACACUACACCACACUACACCACACUACACCACACUACACCACACUACACCACACUACACCACACUACACCACACUACACCACACUACACCACACUACACCACACUACACCACACUACACCACACUACACCACACUACACCACACUACACCACACUACACCACACUACACCACACUACACCACACUACACCACACUACACCACACUACACCACACUACACCACACUACACCACACUACACCACACUACACCACACUACACCACACUACACCACACUACACCACACUACACCACACUACACCACACUACACCACACUACACCACACUACACCACACUACACCACACUACACCACACUACACCACACUACACCACACUACACCACACUACACCACACUACACCACACUACACCACACUACACCACACUACACCACACUACACCACACUACACCACACUACACCACACUACACCACACUACACCACACUACACCACACUACACCACACUACACCACACUACACCACACUACACCACACUACACCACACUACACCACACUACACCACACUACACCACACUACACCACACUACACCACACUACACCACACUACACCACACUACACCACACUACACCACACUACACCACACUACACCACACUACACCACACUACACCACACUACACCACACUACACCACACUACACCACACUACACCACACUACACCACACUACACCACACUACACCACACUACACCACACUACACCACACUACACCACACUACACCACACUACACCACACUACACCACACUACACCACACUACACCACACUACACCACACUACACCACACUACACCACACUACACCACACUACACCACACUACACCACACUACACCACGCACACCACGCACAAUGCGCCACACUGCACCACACUGCUAGGGUUUUGGAGUUUCUUGGCCAAGAUGUUUCUUGCAGAUUCCAUGCUAUGAGUUUUCGCCUGAAGUUUAUGACUCUCGGCCUUUCAUUUUUUUCCAGUAUAAACUUCUGACUCUUGAACCACCUAGAAGCGGCAGACUAGUCCUCUUACACACCCCAACCAACUGCACACGUCACAGAUUCAGCCGAUCACGGUGCGGCGUUCGUCCUCUUGUGCUUUUUUGCUACGAUCGAAGGCCAACGCGCCUACGAAGCGCUGGACCGCUAGAAACUUGAAAAACGAUGUCGACUACUCUGAGGCGC